GCUCCUGGGCCGCCUCCUCGGCCCGAGAGGGACCCGCCCGCGGGGCCUGGCUGACUCAGGGCUACCUCCUUUUGCCUAGGACACCCGCCUCGGGGGCAGAUGGCCUGUCGGAGCCUGAGGGCAUCUCUCUGAAGCGGGUCGCUGUGGUGGAAGAUUUCUUUGACAUCAUCUACUCGAUGCAUGUGGAGAGCUCAGCAGAGCCAGGCAAAGCCCCCAAGCACGCUGGGCAGAAGAAAACCUACCGAGCGAUCGCAGAGACCUAUGCCUUCCUCCCGAGAGAGGCUGUGACCCGGUUCCUGAUGAGCUGUACAGAGUGUCAGAAGAGGAUGCACUUUAACUCCAAUGGCCUGGAACCCAAAGAAAACGAGCCUCCAUCUCCACUGGUCUCUGGGAUUAUCGAUUACAACAUGCCCCUCACCUCCACCUACCUGAAGCAGAUGAAGCUUCGAGUGAUGAAUUCCCAGGAGCAGCCAUCCUCACUGUCACCGGCGCCUGGCUUCGUAAACACAGUCAUCACCGUGCUCAUCGGUGCCCAGGAAGAAUGGAGCACAGAACCGCACAAACAGCGGGGCGCACAGCCCUCGGGUUUUGUUUCCUACAGAAUGGCACUAAAUUCAGGUCACCCCUAG